GAGACCUCAGCUCUCGCGAGAGAGGACUUGAGCGACUCCGCGGACACAGGGACGUUUCCGGCGCAAAGAGAUUCAAACUAGUGGCGGGCGCAAGCGGACCGGUGGGAUCUCCCAGCGACUAGUGUACCGCGGAGGAGUCCUUACCCAUGGAUCUGAUUCAAAGCUUCCACGCGAAGCUACGGUCCCUGGCCAUCACCCUAGACAGCGAGACGGCUCGGCUGCAGCGAGCACUGGACGGAGAGGAGAGCGACUGUGAAGAUUAUCCAAUGAGAAUUUUAUAUGACCUUCAUUCAGAAGUCCAGACUCUAAAGGAUGAUGUCAGUAUUCUUCUUGAUCAAGCAAGUUUGGAAAGUCAAGAAAGCAUUGGUUUCAUAAAGGCAACAAAAGUACUGAUGAAAAAAAAUUCAGUGGAUAUCAUGAAAAUAAGAGAGUUUUUCCAGAAGUAUGGAUAUAAUCCACGUGCCAAGAAAGAUUCAGUGGAUGAACAAGAAAUCAUUGACUCUGAAUCAGAGUCCACUAAGCAUGAAAAUUUUCAAAUGCCUGAUGUGAAGGACAGUCUAUCUGAUCCUGCUAUUCUGAGGACUUCUGGUUCUGAGAAGUCUCCACGGAGUCCACAACUUUCCGAUUUUGGACUUGAACGGUACAUGAUAUCCCAAGUUCCACCAAACCCUCCACGGGCAGUAAAUGACCAUGAGGAAGAGCCAAAAAAUUUAACUCCAUCUUCUAAACAGUCACUAGUUAAAGUACUAAAAACUCCAAAAUGUGCUCUGAAGAUGGAUGAUUUUGAGUGUGUAACUCCUAAAUUAGAACACUUCGGUAUCUCUGACUAUACUGCCUGUUUAAAUGAAGAUUACACAAUGGGACUUAAAAAUAUGAAGGAGAAUAAAAGGGAAGAGGCCACAGAACCAGAACCAAUGACCAGUGAUAAUUUCUUUGUCACUCCUGGCCUCCAGCAGUUGAAAAAAAAUGAUGCUGACUGUGCAGAUUCUCCCUUAGCACCUACAUUCUGCACUCCUGGUUUGAAAAUUCCUCCUACAAAGAACAAUACAGCUUUGGGGUGCACAGAUUAUCCAUUACCAAAAACAAAUAGUUCAUCAAAUGAUUUGGAAAUGAAAGACUGUACAUCAUUAGUUUUAAAUUCAGACAAGUGUUUUGAGAGUUUUGCGGAUCCCUCUUCUCCUGUAAUUUCUUCUUAUGAGAAUCUCCUGAGAACACCUACACCUCCAGAAGUAACUACCAUUCCAGAAGAUAUUCUCCAGAUUUUAUCAAAAUACAACUCAAACCUAGCAACUCCAGUAGCAGUGAAAGCCGUGCCACCCAGCAAAGGGCUCCCCACUAAACACGAAGGACCAAACAUUCGAGGUGUUGGCAACAAAGAAAACUGGUGAAGGAGCUGCUUGCCUGGACAGGAAAUUCUGACAGCUGAAAGCACAAAACAAGGAAGCACCAAAUGCCUUUUUUCUUCUCUGUAAAUUGCUCUUCACUGAAUAUUCACCAUCAGGCACACUCAACACCAUUUCAUCGGCUCCUCCCAACAAGCCUUUGUGGCUGGUACUGAUGAGAACACCUUUCUAUAGUAAAUUAUGCCUAACAUUCCUGGGUUCAUUUUUGCUUAGGAAGAUUAUUUUUUAGUAUUAAGUAUUAAAAUUGCUUUUUAGACAUUAGCUUAUUUGCUUGGUAUAGGGGGGAAGAAAAU